AUGCUUAAUAAAUCUCUUACACUAUGCCGUCUGACGAUAUAUCUUAAAAGUUCAUUUAAACGUAACUAUGCAACUGGUCAAUCUGAAUUGAAAUCUAUUCUUGAAGGUAUAAUCCCAGUUUAUAAAGAGAAAGUUAAAGAACUCCGAAAAAAUUAUGGCAAAAAGAGGGUUUGUGAGGUUACCGUUGAUAUGGUGUGCAAUGGAAUGUGCGGAUUGCAAGGCCUUGUUUAUGAGCCUUCAGUUGUAGAUCCACAGGAAGGAAUACGUUUUCGAGGUCUAACCAUUAAAGAUUGUCAAAAUCUGCUGCCCAAAGCACCCGGUGGCGAACAACCCUUACCCGAGGGUUUAUUUUGGCUGUUGCUGACCGGACGCAUACCGACCGAUGAUCAAGUAAAAGGCUUGUCGAAAGAGCUUGCAGAACGUGCAACUAUACCUGCUCAUGUCGCAUCAUUGCUCCAUAAAAUGCCUGCAAACCUAAAUCCUAUGUCACAGCUAUCAUGUGCUGUGACAGUACUGAACACAGAAAGUCAUUUUACAAAGGCCUAUUCCGAAGGGAAGAUAAAGAGAUCUUCUUAUUGGAUUCCAGUUUUUGAGGAUGCAUUGAACUUGAUCGCUAAACUACCUGUUAUCGCUGCUACUAUUUACAGAAAUGCCUAUAGAGAUGGGAAGAUUUGUAAGACGAUCGAUACGACAAGGGAUUGGGCUGGUAACUUUGCAUGCAUGCUUGGAUUCGAAGACGAACGAUUCGCAGAGUUGUUGCGUAUGUAUCUGAUGAUUCACAGUGACCACGAAGGAGGCAGUGUGUGCACUCACGCUGUUCAUCUUGUCGGAUCAGCCUUAAGUGACCCUUACCUCGCAUACGCUGCAGGAAUUAAUGGUCUCGCUGGUCCGCUGCACGGCCUGACGAACCAGGCGGCUCUGAUCUUCGUGACGAGAAUGCGCGCGGACCUGGGAGACGAUCCGAGUGAAGCAACUAUGCGUGAAUAUGUCCGCGAAAAACUCGAAGCUGGUGAAACAAUACCGGGGUAUGGGCAUUCGGUCUUGGAAUGCAUUGAUCCAAGGUAUAUCUGUCAACGCGAAUUCGCGCUCAAGAACUUGCCAGACGACCCGUUAUUUCGUCUAGCGUCUGUCAUGUACAGAGUUGUCCCAAGCAUGCUUCGCGUUCAGACGGAUCCUGGUAGCUCUGGUGUUAAUGAGAAAUGCUGGCCGACGGUGGAUGCUCAGUCAGGAAUUCUUCUUCAUCAUUACGGAAUGCGAGAAAUCGGAUUCUACGGUGCCCUCUACGGCGUAGCAAGAUCCUUGGGUUCACUUGCAUCUUUAGUUUGGGACCGUGCCUUAGAAUUACCCAUCGAACGACCAAAAUCGACAUCGUUUGAUGAAUUGAUGAAAAGUGUACAGAACAAAUGA